AUGGCGGACAACUUGAAGAAGCUGGCCAAAAGCGAAUCUUUACGAGCGCUGCAGGAUAGAGUCGCCUUCUGGGUGCAGGACUACAACACAAACUCCUGUGACGAAAACCUAAAUUACUGCAUCGGACUCAUCGAACAAGUGGCCAAAGUGCAGGCGCAACUCUUCGGGAUCCUCACAGUGACAGCCCAAGAAGGAGGACAUAAUGAGGGUGUGGCAACAAUCAAGGGUCGCCUUUUGCCUUUGCUGGAGACAUCUUUCAGCUCUGUAAACGUGGGAAAACUUAUAGAGACCAAGGACAUGUAUGUUAGAGACAAAACGAGAGAAGCUAGUUUUCAGGAUCAGGACCAAGAGCAAUUAGACAUUGAAUCCAGCCCCGAGAGUCAACAAAACCAGGUUCAAGACGAUCUGGCUGACACUGGAAAGAGUCUUGAAGGAACCAAGAACAGAUCAACCAUAUCCCUCAUGGCUGCAGAGGAGGAGAUAAAUCAGCUAAAAAAGCAACUUAAAUCACUUCAAGAAGACGCUCGUCACAGAAACUCAGAGAGUCGGCGCUCAGAGGCUUCAAGAUCUGAACGUCGAGCUUCAAGCAAACGGGCCUCAGAACCACGGGGCUCAGAAGUGAUGUUCGACUAUGAGAAACAUCUCCAAAAUCUGAAGGAUGAGAUAGCUGUGUUGUCUGCUGAAAAGUCCGGUCUCCAGGGAAGGUCAGUGAGGAGCCGGUCUCCUAGCCCUACCUGCUGUAGCCCUCCUCGCAGCCGCAGCCGCAGCCGCAGCCGCAGCCGGUCCAACAGCCCCUGCACCGCAAUGGCCAAGGUCAGAAGCCCGUCCCCAAACCGGUCCAAAAUGUCCAGCGUGGCUCGCAAAGCGGCUCUCCUGUCCCGAUUCAGCGAUGCCUAUUCCCAGGCCCGUCUGGACGCACAGUGCUUGCUGCGGCGUUGCAUCGACAGGGCGGAGACGGUGCAGCGGAUCAUUUACAUCGCCACAGUGGAGGCGUUUCAUGUAGCUAAAAUGGCGUUCAGGCAUUUCAAGAUCCGGGUGAGGAAGAUGCUGACCCCGUCGCACGUGGGGUCAAAUGACUUCGAGUGUGUAGUCCUGGACUAUAUCAUUUGUCAUCUUGAUCUAUAUGACUCUCAGAGCAGUGUUAACGAUGUGAUCCGUGCCAUGAACGUCAACCCCAAGAUCUCAUUCCCUCCUGAAAUUGACUUCUGCGUCCUCAGUGACUUCAUCCAGGAGAUAUGCUGUAUUGCCUUUGCAAUGCAAUCCUUGGAUCCACCGCUAGAUAUCGCAUUUGGGGCCGACGGAGAAGUCUUUAAUGAUUGCAAGUACCGCCGCAGCUAUGACUCGGAUUUCACUGCCCCCUUGGUCUUUUACCACGUGUGGCCUGCUCUCAUGGAGAAUGACUGUGUCAUCAUGAAGGGAGAAGCUGUCACCAAGAGAGGGGCUUUUUGGAGUUCUGUGCGACCUGUAGCUCGCUGCCGCAGCAGGAGUUUAAGCCCCGUCUGCCCUCGUAACCGCAUUGGACUAAGCACGAUAUCUCGAAGUCGGAGUCCUUCUCCAAUAAGAUGUACAUUGCCAAGAUAUUAAAACCACCAGCCACGUUUGUUUGCCACAGUCCAUUGGAACAGCCAACCUCCUCAGUGCCUGCAGCCACCUGCCUUGUCUGCCUCCGACCUCACGUAACAUGAAAUGAAAAGGCAAUUCUGUGC